CCUCCGUUCAGGGUGCCGGGUGCUCAGUUCUAGGGUGCCAUGCUUCGCUUGACGCUGCAGCUGAGGCUCUCCCGUGGAUUGCUGAGCCGGGGCCUGCGCACGCGCAGUAGAGGCCCUUUCGACGACAAAGAUGGGAAAUGGGCAGAGUUUAAGAAGAAACUUCAAGUGGUCUGGCCUGGAGGAUCCUGGGAGCCAUUUAGUAACACAAGCCACUUACCCCCAGAACAUGCAGACGUGGUGAUCGUGGGGGGUGGUGUGAUCGGUUGGUCUGUAGCCUAUUGGCUGAAGCGGCUGGAGGCACGGAAAAAUGCUAUACGAGUACUGGUGGUGGAACGGGAUCCUACAUACUCUAAGGCCUCCACCGUGCUUUCCAUAGGAGGCAUUCGGCAGCAGUUCUCAAUCCCUCAGAGCGUCCAGCUAUCUCUCUUCUCCGUUGAAUUCCUCCGUAACAUCAAUGAAUACCUAGCUGUUCCUGAUGAGCCUCCCCUAGAUAUCCAGUUCUGUCCCUCAGGUUAUCUUAUGCUGGCUUCAGAAGGAAAUGCCUCAGAGAUGGAAUGCAAUGUAAAAAUGCAGAGGCAAACAGGAGCCAAAGUGUGUCUGCUGUCCCCUGAACAACUUAAAAACAAAUUUCCCUGGAUCAACACAGAGGAUGUAGUCUUGGCAUCUUAUGGGCUGGAGAAUGAGGGCUGGUUUGAUCCGUGGUGCCUGCUUCAGGGACUGCGCCGAAAGGCUUUGUCUAUGGGGGUCUAUCACAGCUAUGGGGAGGUCACUGAGUUAGUCUCUUCAGUGAGGCCCAUGGUGACUUCCAGAGGGGAACAAGUAAACAUUAAAAGAAUUUAUGAGGUCCAUGUGAAGAUGAACAACAGCCUGGAAUACCAACCUGUGGAGUGUGCUAUAGUGGUCAAUGCUGCUGGGGCCUGGUCUGGGCAGUUAGCAGAGCUGGCUGGAAUUGGCAUUGGGCCCCCAGGCACUUUGCAAGGCACCAGGCUUCCUGUGGAGCCAAGAAAAAGGUAUGUGUAUGUUUGGCAUUGCCCACAGGGGCCAGGCUUGGAGGCCCCAUUAAUUAUAGACAUCAGUGGAGUCUAUUUCAGAAGAGAAGGACUAGGUGGUUACUACUUAGGUGGCUGUAGCCCCAUGGAGGAAGAUGAACCAAAGACUCAAGAUCUAGAAGUAGAUCAUGACUUCUUUCAGAAAAAGAUAUGGCCCCAUCUAACCCAUAGGGUUCCAGCUUUCAAUUCCCUGAAGGUACGGAGUGCCUGGGCUGGCUACUAUGAUUUCAACACAUUUGACCAGAAUGGCGUAGUGGGCCCUCAUCCACUGGUCUCCAACAUGUACUUUGCCACGGGCUUCAGUGGCCAUGGGCUACAACAUGCCCCUGGUGUGGGACGUGCUGUGGCAGAAAUACUGCUGAAUGGAGAGUUCAGCACUAUUGACCUAAACGUGUUCUCCUUCAAUCGAUUCUACCAGGAGGAAAAGGUCUUCGAGGACUAUAUUAUCUAAGCUUGUCUGUCUAUCCCUUUGUCUAUGAGGAAUAAGCUACCAAGAACAACCUUCUCAGAUAGUCAAGGACCAGCAUGCAAGUCUUCUGUGAUACCCAAGCCCCCUGCACUGCUGCCUCUGAGCCAUACUAUCCAAGCACUGGGAGGACACAGACAAUUGAGGCUGGUUCCCAGGAUUGCUUCCUAAUCGUAGUUGGAGCUCACUCACAGCCGGAAACCAGACUGGUCACAAUACAUCAAGAGUGCUGAAGUGCCAGCUCUUCACUUGGCACCUGUCCAAGAAGCUUCUCAACUACUCAUCAGUCAAGGUCUGGGCACUUUGUGACAGCCUGAACCCAAGCCUACUGACUUAUUUCUUUACCCUGUUCAUCAGUCAAUAAAUCCAUUUAACUCCUUCCGCCCUGA